AUGAUCAUACCCAUCGCCCCUCGGCGACCUCAUUUCCUCGGCGGUGUCCUCCUCGCCCUCGCCUUCCUCCUCAUCCUCCACCAAACAUACACCCCGCAUGGCGUGCUCUCUUCCUCUUUCCCUCGCACAAAGCAACACCCGCAUACCCUACCACAUGGUCUAGAGAAAGGCAACAAUGAAAUACUGCAGAGGCUUUCGCAUAUGCGGGAUGUAUGCGAGGGCGAAGAUCCGUUCGAUAGAGAGUAUGGACGGGCGAAUUUGCGGUUGUCGAGGGCGUAUGAAGGGUCGCACGAGCGGAUGAGGCUCUUUCUCCAAAAGCUCCUGAGAGGGGAGCAUGUGACGAUCUCGGCGAUUGGAGGGAGUAUCACCAAGGGGCAUCAGGUGGAUAAGAGCGAGAUUUGGUUCCACAAGUUCUGGGAGUGGUUGCGUGACUUUGCAGGUGACAAUGUCGAGAUUGUGGAGAUCAACGGUGCUGCCCCGGCGACCGGCUCCGACUACUUCUCCUUCUGCUUCCCCCUCCACAUACCCUCCGACUCUGACCUCGUCAUCGUCGAGCUCGCCGUCAACGACGAAGGCAUCCUCGAGCACAUCGAGAACAUGGAGAACCUCAUCCGUGGCUUGCUCGACCUCCCCAAUAACCCUGCGGUCAUGCUGGUGGAGGCUCUGGCGUUCAGUGGUGGAGGUAUGGGCGGUGGAGGAGGGAGGAUGCACUUGCCAGUGGCGCAGUACUAUGAUGUACCGGUGAUCAACCAUCGGCACCCGCUAGUCAGCCAUUUCGCCAGACAUCCUCAGCUCGUGGAGCCAUACUUCACCAAAGACUGGUGGCAGAACCCUGAUAAGCGGCAUAUCAACCCGCGAGGCCAUCGCGACCUCGGAAUGCUCGUGGCUAGUUUUGUAAAAGAUGUCGCUUGCGAGAUACGGCCGUUGAAAGAAGGCGAAGAAGUCGGUGAACUCAUGCCUUCUCUCUGGUCUACACCACAAGACUACGGUAUCGUCCCCCGUCUCCGCGUCCUCGAAGGCUGGAACCCCAACACCGAGUACGCCACCCCGCCCUUCCACCCCACCUGCCUCUCCACCCGAUCCAAAGAACCGCGCUUCAACCUCACGCCGUCUUACAAUGACGGCUGGGAAUACUGGAUUCACCCGGAACAUCUCGACAAGCCUUAUAUGGUUGCGAGAGAGCCCGGGGCGAGGGUGAGUUUCGAGUUGGAGACAGGGGUGGGGAUGGUGAAGAUGUAUGCUUUGAAGAGCAAGACGUUCGGGUUGGGGACGGUGGAGUGUUGGGCUGAUGAGGAGAGGGAUAAGGCGGAGAAGAUUGUGGGGUGGUGGGAUAAUGGGGAUGUGAAUAUUGGCAGGUUUGCGACGAUACGGACAGGGCUGUCGGCGGGGACACAUACAAUAACGUGCGAGCUGUUGGAAGAGACGUCCGACCCUGGUGGUGGACAUGAGUUCAGGAUGAUCUCGAUGAUGAGGUGCGUCUUGUACUCUACGUUUCUGGGACUGUAUACUGACCACGAGUGUAGUGUGUAA